AAGCGUAAUCUGGGGUACCUAUCAGUCGAACACACAAGCUGACAGCUCGCGCUCCAUUUUGAACGCAGGCAGAGAGCAAACCAGCAACACGGCCCCCUUUACCUGACAGGUACCAUCUUCUAACCAACAAACGAUGAGAAUAAUUUCCACCAAGCCGCACCAGAAGAAACUGUCGUCCGCCAAGUGAGGAAGAAGGCGUGAGUUUUUCCAGUGCAAAAGUGCGAAGCAAAAAGGGCCACCAAGCCAACCCUCGUCAAGCAGUGUGGACGGACAAUUUAGUGUGUGGAGUGCGCUUCUUUUUCCUUCCUCCAGUCAAUUUGUGACUGCGUGAGUACAAAAACGAUAAGUAUUUUACGAAACAAUGAGUGGUGCCCGUGUUUACGUCGGAGGACUUCCGUAUGAUGUCCGGGAGCGCGAUUUGGAACGCUUCUUCAAAGGCUACGGCAGAAUUACGGAGAUUCUGAUCAAAAAGGGCUACGGGUUUGUUGAGUUCGAAGAUUACCGCGACGCGGACGAUGCCGUCUACGAGAUGAAUGGCAAGAAGCUGCUCGGCGAGAGAGUGACGAUUGAACCGGCCCGGGGUACUGCCCGUGGUUCCGGCUCACGCCGUGACCGCGAACGUCGUGGAGGCCGUUCCCGCUUCGGACCGCCACUGCGCACCAAGCAUCGUUUGAUAGUGGAAAAUCUGUCAUCCCGCAUCAGCUGGCAGGAUUUGAAGGAUUACAUGCGCCAAGCUGGAGAGGUAACCUACGCCGAUGCCCAUAGGGACCGCAAGAACGAGGGAGUUGUGGAAUUUGCCACGGCUUCCGAAAUGAAGGCCGCCAUCAAGCAGUUGGAUGACACGGAACUUAACGGACGUCGUAUCCGUUUGCAAGAGGACCGUGGAGGACGUGGUGGUGGUGGCGGUCGCGGAGGACGUAGCCGCUCCCGCUCGGACAGUCGCUCCCGUUCCCCGUCCAGACGUCGUUCCCGAUCGGCAUCUCGCUCCAGGUCUCGUUCCCGCUCCCGCUCAAAGAGCCGUUCUCAGUCGAAGAAUGGCCGCAAGUCUCGCUCGCAGAAGCGCGAUCGGGAUGCUUCCCGCUCCAGAUCCCGCGAUGCCGAUCACAAGUCCAAGUCCCGUUCCAAGAGCCGCGAUCGCACUCGUGACGAGCGUCGUUCCCGGUCCCAUUCUGGAAAGCCGGAAAAAUCUCGUUCCCGUUCGGCCAGCCGAUCCCGCUCCAAGGACAAGAAGCCGGAACGUUCUCAGAGCCGCGACCGGGUAGAUCGUUCCCGUUCGCGCUCCCGCUCCCGAUCAAAGUCCAAGGAUGCCCGUUCCCGGUCCCGCUCCCGAUCAUAUUCCCGUUCCAGAUCCCGGUCGCGCGAUAGCCGCUCCCGCUCGCCAGACAACCGCGGACGGUCCCGCUCGGCUUCGGCCGGAAACAACGAUCAGAGUAUGGAAGAUUGAAUGACAUACCCUAGAGCGAUCGGAAAAGCUUUUAUUGAAUAAUGAUUACACAAAACAAACAACUUACUGAACAACAAUUCUACUGAUGUAUAACAAUAUUUUGAUUUGAAAUACACAUAACCAAGCUAAAAGGAAGCAUGUUUUCUUUUACUCUGUAUUGUAGGUUUGAGAUCCAAAUGAAAUAAUAAAAAAAAACUGGAAAACCGA